CACUUCCGUUAGACGGCCAUUUUAUUCAUGUAUGUUUAGAUGUUGUUGCGCAUGCGUAUCAUAGGUAUCUURCUACCCCUCACCCCUUCUACCCCACCCACCAACGCGUAAACAUGCUGAUGCACGCUGGCUUUUUGUCAGAAAACUCUUUAAUUAAAWUAUGAGAAGAUUUCUCUUAACUGACGCUGAUACACCUUAAACACAAAUAAACAACGCAGGUAGUGGCAAAGAGGACCGAUUCAUUCGCAAUCAAAUUUACAUUAUUUCAAACGCUUUCAUUUAGGCAUGAAGAAUGUAAGAAAAAAGGAGGAAAAACACAUGAUGAACUUCGUCGUUAUUAACAUUWUUAUAAGCUACCUAAGUAAUAAAGCUAUAAAUAUAGCGAGUGUUAUUCUUUUGAUCGGGAUCCCUGGGUGCCAUCACCAGGUCAGCGUUACGUAGUUCUUCACUGCGCAUGCUUACUAAUCAAUUUCAUUACACUAGAACUUUUUAGUCAAUAGGUUCUCAAUAGUACUAAAAAUACUCAACAAAUUGUUAAAAAACUAUGAACAGGUUAAGCACAUUUGAAGAAGCAGCUAAAAGUCUUGAAACAGUGGCUACAGAAUGCAACAAGACAAAGAAUGUAGACUUGGAUUUACUCAUCAAUGAAUAUGAAAAAGGCUCGCAGUUUGUUGAAAGUCUGACGUCUGUAGAGCAAGACCCAGUCAUACAAAAUGCAUUGCAACAGCUAACAGUCAGUCAGAGUCACAAUCUUAACAUUCUGCUUAAGAAAAGGUCACAGCUUGACCAAGCAGGUUURGUUCCAUCAGAUCAAAAUGCAAUGGCAGCAACAUCAAGUGAUGAUGAGAAACAAGUAAACAARAGUGACAGUCGUAGAAUUGCAAUAGAAGAUACCAUUGUUUGCAAUAAAGCGGUGAAGUUUGCUGAUGUUGCAGGCCUUGAAAUGGCUAAAGAGACAUUACGUGAAGCUAUAAUCAUGCCUCUCCAAUACCCCCACCUUUUCACAGGUGGGAGAAGACCAUGGAGGAGAAUUCUGUUGUAUGGACCACCUGGGACAGGUAAAACAAGGCUUGCACAAGCUGUUGCAUCUGAAGUCAGGUCAACAUUUUACAGUGUGUCAAGCUCUGACCUCAUCUCAAGCUGGGUUGGAGAAAGUGAAAAAUUGAUCAAAGAGCUGUUUCAUGAUGCACGUACAAGACAAGGGAGAUCAGUAAUUUUCAUUGAUGAAAUUGACAGUAUCUGCAGAAAAAGAUCCACUAGGGAAGAAGAACAUACAAGACGAAUAAAAACUGAACUGUUGAAGCAGAUGGAAGGCAUUGGAAAUUCUGACAAUGAAAGAUAUUUUCUUCUUUGUGCAACAAACUGUCCCUGGGAAUUAGAUGGUGCUUUCCUUAGAAGGUUUCAGAAGAGAAUCUAUAUCCCUUUACCAGACAAGGAGGCAAGAAUUCAUUUGAUGAAGAUGCACUUAGSAUCCACCCCAUCACAAUUGACAGAGCAAGACUGGUCCUUACUUGGUGAUAAAACAGAAAGUUACUCAGGCAGUGAUUUGGCAAACUGUAUAUCUGAUGCACUAUUUGAACCAAUCAGAGAGCUUCAGCAUGCAAAAUACUGGCAAUGUAGUGAAGAUGGUUUCUAUGUACCAUGCAAUGAAAACUAUUCUGGGGCAACAAAAAGAGUCUUGUCAGAAAUACCACAGGAAAAGGUUCAUCCAAGGAAUAUUGUUUUGGCUGAUUUUUUUAAGUCAUURACACACAACCAAAGGACAGUAACUGAUGAGGACCUGGAAAGAUACCAUUCAUUUACACAGUCGUUUGGACAAAAAGGAUGAAAAUAACAAAACUCAUUCAAAUAUGCAAAUAUGACAAUGAAUCAAAUACAAAGUCAAGGAUCAAAAGCU